AUGAGCUCAAGAACAACGAGUGUGCUCACUAUCGCUGGAAUCGCUGUGCUCAGUAUAGCCGCCUAUGCUGUCUAUUUCGACUACAAGCGUAGAAAUGAUGUUGAAUUUCGGAGAAAAUUAAAAAAAGAGAAGAAACGCGUUGACAAGUCUAUAGCAUCCUCGAAGGCUUCUCUUCCCUCUUCCCCAGACGCUGUGGGCGUCGAUGAACUCCGUGAAGCCCUAGAGCAGGUCAAAGCAGAGCAGGUUCCAAUUUCGCCGGAGCAAAAGGAGGCAUACUUUAUGACCCAAGUCGCUUCAGGCGAACAGUUAUCUCUUCAGGGUCCAAUGUUCAGCCUUCCGGCGGCUUUAGCUUUCUACCGCGCCCUCCGAGUCUACCCAUCUCCAGUUGAGCUGAUGGUGAUAUACCAAAAAACAGUCCCAAAACCAAUCUUCAAGCUGGUCAUUGAGUUGACCAACCUUGAUGUAAAAGGCAGAGUUGAAGGGUAUUAUCUGAAAUUUCCCCCAAAAUCGUUUGGUGUCAAAGUGGAAACUCGGCAGGUGGGAGAUGGGCCGAAAAAGACUCUUGUACUUACGAAGGGAGUGAAAACAGGAGAGGCUAUAUACAAGGAAUUCCCUAUCGUCGCAGCUCUAGAUUCUGAUAUUCAAGCCGCAGGGACACAUUGCUCCCAAUGUCUACGUUCUGUUGAACCUUCUAUGUCCAUCAGAGAACCUGAAAGCCAUGCUUUAAAUACCGUUUACUGUUCCGCUGCCUGCCAAUCUGCCGCCAAAUCUCAGUACUACGGUCUCCUCUUCACCCUCGAACGCCCCCUACCUCAGGAAAUCCCUUCAGAGCCCAGCACUGCCGAGCAACUCAACGAGAGACGCAAAGCCCAAGCACAAUUUGCGAACUACCUUAAAACCGAAAUGCCUGGUCAUGCAGCGCCACUCCUCGUAGCCCAAUUCAUCGCUCGUCAGGUCAACGUCGAGAUGUCCAAGUUGAUCUCCCAGACCUUGUCGAAAACCACAACGACAGCCGAUCAGGCAGAUUUCACUGACGCUGAUGGUGGAGACUACCUCCUCGCUGAUCACUUCGAGCGUUUAAGAUAUGUGGAUGUGGAUUCGCCAAAGGACGGUUUGAAAUUAUUGACGGCCGUGUUGGAUAGCGCGAUGCCUGGUUUGGACGCUUUAGCCACGGAUGAGAGGUAUGCUACUCUCCUAGGAAAAAUGUUGUAUAAUGCAUAUGGAGUGUACUAUGAUGGUGGACGCGAUGAUAAACCUGUCACAAACAAUCGUCCAGAAGACAUCGAAAGAACUCGUACAGCCGUCGGAACCUCCCGCCAAAUUGGUAGUGCGGUAUACACCGUCUCCUCCUAUCUCACACACUCUUGUGAGCCCACCGCCCGUCCUUCCUUUGACGCGGGAACCUCCCAACUACAUCUCAUCGCUACGCGAGACCUCAAAGCCGGCGAAGAGCUAACAGUCGCGUACGUUGAUGUAACCCAACAUGAGGGCGAAAGCGUUGUCGAUUGCAGAAGGAGACGUAGGAUGGAGCUCGCUCGAGGCUGGAAAUUUGCUUGCCCUUGUGAGAGAUGUGAGAAAGAGGCAAAGGAGUUGGGAGUCAUCAGUGAGGACAAGAUCAAGGAUCAGUCGAAGGUGGAGAAAAGUAUGGAACGUUUCGAGGCCAAUGAAGGGUUGUUGUAG